AUGGCGAGUAAGUGGUUGCGUCGUCGCCAAAUGGCCAGUAGUCAAGCCAACAACGUCGAGACCAAUUCCGAAGGAAGUGACGGGUGUGACGAUGUUAACAAGGAUGAGGAUAUACUUGACGAGAAAGAAGACAAUAUUCGCGCUGGGGUUUGCAAUCAACUAGGAGAACAAAACCUAGAGCGUUUACUUCCUGCGCCGACGAGCCAUGUGGCUUCGCUGAAUAAAGAAUUGAAGGUUCUAGAAACGCGAUACUUUCGAACACGACUCGGCUUGGAGAAGACGUCAGAAAAAAAUACCCAACUUCGCCGUGAGAUGAAGAAAGUCUUAGGGAACAAUGCAAAACUUGAGCGUGAUAAUGGCAAACUACGUCAUCUCAUUGACCGAAUUCAGUCACAACGCAAAGAAAUCGAGCAGCAAGCGAUCAGCAACAGAGACUAUGCAAAAAAAAUUGAGCAUUGUUUCUUCAUGGGUACCAAAGGAAAGUCUCUGGCUCAAUGUAACCUCGAUUUAAGCUCUCGGUUACGCUCGCUCAAGGCGACUUUAAAGGAGCGAAACGAGGCGCUGGAAACAAUGCAACAAGAGCGUGAUGAAGCUAGAGACAAGCUCUCUAUCUUGCAACGUGCUUUAGAAGUUCGACUCGAAGCGCAUGUGAUUAAUGGAUCCUUACACACAGGUCUACUACUUGAGAUUUCAAAGCUACAAGACCAAGGUGAAGCCUUAGCUUUGCAACUCGAUCAAGAACGAAAAAGUGUGUCAGCACUACAAAAAGAACUUCAAAGUUCUCAAAAUUGCCAAGAGGAGCUAGAAGAGACGCGUACAGUGCGGGAAACAUGGAUCGCGACACUUGAAAAAGAACGUGCUGCACUUGAUGAGAAAUUAGCGCAACUUUCCAACGACGUGCAGAUUGCUGCUUGUGAAAAGACCACACUACUUCGUUACAUCCAUGAACAAGCUGAGGCGAAAUUUCGUCUCGAAGCGCAAUUAAAAGAUGAAAAGUUACAACGACGACAGAAAAUGGAGCGAGCCAAGCACAAAUUAGAACUGGAACAACACGAGAAUCAAGAAUUGAAAGCAAGUGUUCAAAUAGCACGUCAGGAGGUCGAACGACAGCGAGGCGAAUGUGAAAGAUUCAUGAUCGCACUUCGUGAACAACAGGAAUCAAAUACGACUCAGAAAUGUCGAGAGGCAGCACUACAAUCAGAUUUGGAGCGCCUCUCUGAUGCUCACAAGAAGCUUGAAGCUGAUUAUAUGGCUACUAAGGACGUUUGUCGCGAGCUACAAACCACAGUUGAACAGCACGAAGAUAGUGGACGUCGGUUGCGAACCGAAAUUGAAGUACACGAGGCUAGUCGACGAGAUCUACUUGGACAACUAGAGUUAAAGCAGUCAGAAGAGCACGCGCUUCGUGAAGCAAUGGAAGGUACUUUGCAGGAUUUGGCUGCUUUGUCAAAGCAGCGCAACGAUGCCGCGAGAGCCAUGAGCGAAGCUGUGACCAUAAGUGCGUCGUCUCUGGAAGAGCAGCAGGCACUGGAACAUCAAGUUGAAACACAACGCACGCAAAUUGAAAAACUGAAGUGUGCCAAAAAUUCGCUACAAAAUGCUAUGCUCGAACAACUUGCUGCGUUGCGAAAGCAAUUGCACAUUGAACGACGGCAACGCAUCGAAGCUGAGGCUCGACUUAAGCGCAUCAACUCGCCGUGGCUUGAAGCGGCGGAAACUCAUGACGUGCUCGUAUCGACAAUAGCAGCAAAAGAACCGCACAAAAAUAUAGAAACGACUGACAGUGACGCACCGCAACCGAUGCCAUCAGCUCCUUUGCCGUCUCCUGCCCCAUUACCACCGUUUCUACCUACACGUCUGACAUCAACAGUGUCGUUGUCUUCAUCAUCAUCAUCUACUUCAUCUUCUGACGAAGAAGAUGCUGGUGAGCUGCCAGACGAUAAGCAUAGUUUUGUUAAUCACUUACCUACAGUUCUCGUAACACCAAACUCCAAAAUUGAUCAGAGAGCGCCCAUUUCUCUAUUAGAACUUGCAGAAGACAGCGACGAAAAUACAUCUCACCCAGCAAGUAGUACAAGAUAA